AUGUCACUCCUAUCACUUUCUCCGACUUCUCUUGACUUGUUCCCUAAUGGCUUAUUAACCCUAUUGGCGAUUCUCAUAACGGGUCUAGUUUUAAUAAUUAUCACGUGCCGGAAUCACAAGUCAAACCGUAAAACCCUUCCACCGGGACCACCAGGAUGGCCGGUGAUCGGAAAUCUGUUUCAAUUCGCGCGCUCCGGGAAGCAGUUCUUCGAGUACGUCGAGGAUCUGAUAAAGAUCUACGGUCCAAUUAUUACUCUCAGGCUAGGGAGUCGGACUAUGAUCAUCAUCUCCGACGCGAGUUUCGCACACGAGGCCUUGAUCGAGCGUGGGGCACAAUUCGCGACCCGACCCGUCGAAACUCCGACCCGGAAAAUCUUCAGCUCCAGUGAAAUCACAGUGCAUUCCGCCAUGUACGGACCUGUGUGGAGGUCAUUGAGGCGGAACAUGGUUCAGAACAUGCUGAGCUCGAAUCGCCUCAAGGAAUUUGGUUUCGCGAGAAAAUCCGCCAUGGACAAGCUUAUCGAGAGGAUCAAAUCGGAGGCUAGAGACAACGAAGGACUUGUCUGGGUUCUGAGAAACAGCAGAUUCGCCUCGUUUUGUGUUCUGUUAGAUAUGUGUUUCGGAGUUGAGAUGGAGGAGGAAUCAAUCGAGAAGAUGGAUCAGAUGAUGACGGCGAUAUUACACGCCGUCGAUCCAAAACUCCACGAUUACCUCCCAAUUCUAACGCCGUUUAACUCCGGUGAGAGAAAUCGCGCUCUGAAGCUUCGGCGGGAACUGGUGAAUUUCGUCGUCGAAUUCAUCGAGAAGCGGAGGAACGCGAUUCGGAAUCCAGGGGGAUCCGACGAGACGGCGUCGUCUUUCUCGUAUCUAGACACUCUCUUUGAUCUCAGAGUCGUCGAAGGAAGGGAAACGACACCGUCUGACGAGGAUCUCGUGACGCUUUGCUCGGAGUUUCUCAACGCCGGUACGGAUACGACGGGAGCGGCAAUCGAGUGGGGAAUCGCAGAGCUGAUCGCGAAUCCCGAAAUUCAAUCUCGACUGUACGAUGAGAUCAAAUCAACGGUUGGAGAUCGUACGGUCGAAGAAAAGGACGUGGAUAAAAUGGUCUUUUUAGAAGGCGUCGUUAAGGAGAUUCUCCGGCGACACCCACCCACUUACUUCACGUUAAGCCACGGCGUGACGGAAGCGACGACUCUCGCCGGCUAUAGCAUCCCUGUUGGGGUUAACGUCGAGUUCUAUCUUCCUGCAAUCAGUGAAGAUCCGAAGAUAUGGCCCGAUCCGAAAAGGUUCGACCCGAACCGGUUCGUAUUGGGGAGGGAAGACGCCGAUAUAACUGGCGUAGCCGGAGUAAAGAUGAUGCCUUUCGGUGCUGGCCGUCGGAUAUGUCCGGGGAUGGGAAUGGCGACGGUUCACGUGAAAUUGAUGAUAGCGAGAAUGGUUCAGGAGUUCGAGUGGAGCGCAUAUCCACCGGGAAGCGACGUAAAUUUCGCCGGGAAGUUGGUGUUUGCGGUGGUGAUGAAGAAGCCGUUGAGAGCCAUGGUGAAAUCUAGGUCUCGAAAUUGA